GAGCCUCACUUAAUAACCAGUGAGCAUUUUGUCAUGACUAAACACGACAUCGUGGGACGUGCCACAUUUUUAUCGUGCUUUCUACUGUCUUUUGUUCCUCUCUUCAGCGGCGUUCAUGAAGAUCCAGCAGGUGGCGCUCAAUUGAACCAGAGUCUGUCAGGGACCCAGACUGAAUGGGAAAGCAGUAUAUGACAACACAUCAUACACACAUGCACACCUACUGGCUAUUUAGUGUACCAAUAUUCAUCUACUGUAAUUUUUGGGGAAGUGAGAAGAAACCAACAUGGAUUUGCACAGAAAACAUUACAGCAACUUUAACUUGUUUCAGAUUUACACAAUGUACACCACAAAAGCGGUGCUAAUCUUGCUUCAGACCAAGGUGGCUGAACCCUGGGUAAAAAGUGGUUCUAAUUCUGAUUAUAAAUUUCAAGUGUAAAAUGGUCCUGUAUCAGGGGUUAAUAGUGGGGGAGUGUGAAAUUCCCUAAAGAAUAACCUGAGCUCAGGCUCCAACUGAUAACCCUGGAGAUGUAAGUUGCUGUUCCACCAUGUUGCCCUUCUUUUAACGGUGUACCAUCUAAAAAAGUUAAUUGUAGACUCAAGUUACCCUCUAUGGUAUUACCAUGAUCAGUGGCAAUUUAGUUUGCCAGAAGGCAUAAUUACAGGCCACUUUAAUAGAACACCUGUUCACCUCAUUAAAUUCAUUAAAGUAUCCAAUCAGAAAGCCAUGAAGCAGCAGCCUUAUGCAUACAGUCAUCCAGAUGAUAAAGACUUGUCCUGCAUCCCAAAUUGCUUACUAAUUCUAUGCACAAAAAGUAUGUACAAAAUAAUUCUUCCUAUUGUACAUGCUACUUGUAUGUACAAGAAAAUAGUUUGCAAUUCAGAAAUCCAUAAACAUCUGGGUGCGCUUCCUAAAGCCCAUUAAAGGAGCUUGGAUUAUCCAGCACCCACUAUCGUGACUCACCGGAAAGAAACUCACUGCAGACAGAAACAGUAGUCUGAGAACUCUAAGUAAGUGGUGAAGGACAAGGCUGCAAGUAUGCUGAUGUUGGAAACAUUCAUAAUUUGUUUUUUGAUUUUUUUACAACUAUCCAUAGACCUAAAUGCUCUGCAAUGACACCUGUAAUGUCAGAAAUGCUGCAUCUCAGCAAAAGUUAAAAUAGCCUUAUUAAAUCUAUUUCUAGCUUUCAUUCUCGUUCAGAAUGGCCAUGCAGUCCUUGGUGAGCCUUAAGAAAAAAAGCCACAAAUUACAAAGGCAAAAGUGGUGGGAUCACAUUCUUAUCAACAGCAGGGAAAAUACAAAUGUAGAUGCUAUUAAAUAGGCUUGUAUACAUUAUCUCUGGAGACCUGAAUGCCAGAAUCCCAGUGUAGUUUUUGUAAUGACAGAAGCACUGUGAAUAUGGUGAAAAGAUAGCUGAGACUUUCUGAAUGAAUACAUAAGGCAGACAUGGAUCCAUCUUUGUAUAUAAAUUAUUCAAGUACAUUGUGAUGCAUGUUAAAACAUUAUCACAUUAAGUGCUGCAAAGUGAUAGUGGACUGUCACCCCAGAUGAUUUCCUACAGCAGUUACAGCUUAGGGAAGAAUGAGACUUUCCAUUAGCAUUAAUCAAAACUAAUGGGUGCAUACUACUCUUAGCCACACAUUUUAUAUAUAUUUAAUUCUCUUUCAAAAUAAUAUUGAUAAUGAAAUACAUCACAGAGCCAAUCAGAUCAAUAUCCAUCAGUUCAAAUCAAUUUCAGUCCCAGCAUCCAAAGCAAUCUGCAUAACUAAUUAUGAUGUGGGCAUAGCAUUUAGAUGUCACUUUAAGCUGCUGGGGACUAUUCCAUUGAGAAGAAUAGUGCCUCAUACAGAGGUGCAUCAAACAACUAGCUGACCUUCAAUAGCAAAACACAGGCUGCAUUGCAUUUGACAUGUCAUUUGCAAGCCAGAGAGGUUUUGCAUGUCAUUUGCAACCUCAGCAGUUUUAAUAUGGCCAAUUGUAUAGGAAGACAGAAUAAACUCUUUACAUUCUAACGAAAAAUAAAUAUGUACCCUGGCAGAAAAUUUUUAAUUCUAUGUCUUCACUGGUUUGAGGGAAAAAUUGUGGCUAAGCAGCAGCAGAAGUAGGAACAAAGGGAUGCACUUGGCGCUGAUAUACACUGCUCAAAAAAAUUAAGGGAACACUUAAACAACACAAUGUAACUCCAAGUCUUCUGUGAAAUCAAACUGCCCACUUAGGAAGCAACACUGAUUGACAAUCAAUUUCACAUGCUGUUGUGCAAAUGGAAUAGACAACAGGUGGAAAUUAUAGGCAAUUAGCAAGACACCCCCAAUAAAGUGCUUUCUGGCUGAUGUUUUGGUCACUUUUGAAUGCUGGCGAUGCUUUAUCUCUAGUGGUAGCAUGAGCGGUUGGCCCUGGGUUCCUCCUAAUGAAAGACCAUGCUAGACCUCAUGUGGCUGGAGUGUGUCAGCAGUUCCUGCAAGACGAAGGCAUUGAUGCUAUGGACCGGCUCGCCCGUUCCCCAGACCUGAAUCCAAUUGAGCAUAUCUGGGACAUCAUGUCUCGCUCCAUCCACCAAUGCUACGUUGCACCACAGACUGUCCAGGAGUUGGCGGAUGCUUUAGUUCAGGUCUGGGAGGAGAUCCCUCAGGAGACCAUCCGCCACUUCAUCAGGAGCUUGCCCAGGCAUUGUAGGGAGGACAUACAGACAACACACAACAUACAUGUUCCUGUUAACCAGAUCUUAGAACUAAGGCAAGUUGUAUUUGUGAUUCAGAGUCAAAAGAACUCCUACCACGUUGAGAGGGCAGAGCAGAGGAGAGCACACCUUAUUUCCCAAGAGCAGAGCUCGGCAGCUGUUGUGCUUCUCCAUGAGUUGUCAGAAUAUGAUGGAAACUGGGGGAUUCUUCCUGCACUGCCUCAUCUGGCAGAAGGUUACUGCCAGAGCUCUUUGUGGAUUUUUUUCUUGGAGGAGGAGACCGUUGUCAAUUUAGGCAGACUGCUGCAGGUGCUCAGCAGAUUUAACCCUUGGAGAGAGUGGUUUUUGGGAAGGGCGCUUUAUGAUGCUAGUGCCACAAUUAUCCACCACUAUGCCUUCUCAGAAGAGCCGACUGCUUUCAGCUAUCCUGAUUUUGCUGCUGGCUGGGCCCUUAGCUGCUCUCUGGUUAAAAGAUUAGCUGAUUAUGUGAAGCAUGAGCCACCCAAAUCAGAUUUCACCAUUGACCUUAAGCAUGAGAUUGCGCUGUAUAUUUGGGAAGAGGGUAGAGGUCCUGCUUUAACUGCUGUACAUGAGUUCUGCUCUGAACUUUACGGCUCAAUGUACACUGAGCAUUGUGCUACCACUGUCAACUCUUACCUGCCAAGCUGUGUUAUGCUAGUGAAAAGCGAAGACCUUUUUGUAGCAGUGAAGACUUGUCAGAAAUUCCACCAAGAUAGAGUGCCUGUAGUGAAGAAGACCUGGGCAAAAGACGCAGCACUGCUAGAAUAUUAUAGUGAUAUUGCUGAUCCAACUAUCCCCACCAUUGACCUGGGUGUCUCCAACACAGAGAGUGGGCACUGUGCAAAGACGUUUGCCAUUUUAAGGAGGUUUGUCAGUGGAGAAGUGACACAAGCACCAUGGCUACUCCUAGUAGACGAUGACACAUUGAUAAGUCUGCCCAGACUCCGGCAGCACCUGCACUGUUACGACCCUAAUGAAGCUGUGAUUAUCGGUGAGCGCUAUGGCUAUACCCUCAGUAAAGGUGGAUACAGCUAUAUCACUGGUGGAGGAGGUAUGGUGUUCAGUAGAGUGGCAGUGUUGAAAAUCCUCUCUAGCGGUUGUGGCUGUUACAGUGCGGAUGCUCCAGAUGACAUGGUAUUGGGAAGGUGUCUUAACACAUUGGGAUUAUCUGUUACACACAGCCCACAGUUUCACCAGGCUCGUCCAGAUGAUUAUCCGAAAGAGUUGUUGCUCCGUCAGAGACCCAUCUCUUUCCACAAACACUGGAACAUCAACCCCGUGGCAGUGUACCAGCAGUGGCUGAUGAACUCUGAGUAUCAGCUCCAGCAGAACUUUAGCAGAGAGUACAGAGAGGAGCUCUAAACCAGUUUCUCUCGUUCACAAUGUAAGCAGUGAUAAUUUGGGAAUUUUGUAGCUUGUAGAAGCCAACAUUCUGUUUUGUUAUUCUUCUUAGACAAAAAUUGAUUAAUUGCUUCUCCUCCUAGGGCAUUCGAGCUACAUGCACCAAAAUCGGAUAUGUCGUAGAUGGUCUGAAGUUUGUAAAAGUGCUAUUAGAAAAGUAAUAUCACUUUUUUUGCCAUAGAUGCCCAUUACAAAUUUUAGAGGUUUAUAACUUGGCAAGCGUUCAGGCUAUCGACACCAAACUGGGCCAGUUUCUUUAUGGUGAUAAUCUGGACAAAAUUUCAAAUUGGUGUACUGACUGGCCUUUCGGUAUUCCCAAGGCCCCACCCCCAAAAUAUACAAAAUCAUUCCAUGACAUGUGACAUAUCAAAACACUCAGAACAAUGAGAUGAACUACCUCACGGGUAUUUGGAUGACGUCACGUGCAACCCGUGAAAUAAAAAAAUUACCAUAAAAUGGACGUGAUAUAUCAAAACACACAAUGAGCGGAAUUGCACGGGUAUUUGGGUCACGUCACAUGCUCGUAUACACUCGCCACCAAAAGUAUUGGCAGCCUAGCAUACUGGCCUGACAGGACAAACUUUAGAAAUUCGCAGAAUUGUGUUUACUGUAAAAAGAAACACUUAACUAUAUAUUUAUUUUUUUUAAAUAAUUUGGCAGAUAAUUUUAUUCAGCAUGACCCACUAGUGCAGAGCACAGUGGAGCUCUUGGACUUACUGCAGAACCAAGCAGUGGCUCACUGACAGGUCUGGGAUUUUAAAUUAUAAUCGCAAGCUUAAGAAAUAUUUCUUACAUAUUUAUUGGAACAGUGUUUCUUAGAACAACAAUACUCCUGGAGCAGAGCUGAAAAAUGUAAAUUUUCUACAUUUGAUUUGUUUGUUAAAAAUUAAGUGUUUUAUUUGCGAUUUAUUGUACUUGAACCGUGAACUUUUUCAUGAUUGCCAAUUCUCUGCUGAUAUUAUAUACUCUCUUGUUUCAUCUUUGCCAAAAACAGUGGUUGAAUUUAAAGGUCUGACUCUUGACAUUUGUAUGUCACAUGGCUGGCCCACCUAUAUAAAGGGGAAAAUGAGAGGAAAUAAUGCAUGAAAAAAUUUACAAAAAAAUAAAAUAAAAACCCAGUGACAAUGAGGAGCGCAAAUGGUGCCAGUCAUUUAUUCAUUUUACAAGCAACGAUCUUGGUUGUAAGUGUAGGACGUUUACCAUCUGAACAUAAAUUAUAUAUAAAUGUAACAUCGGUUGCAAGUUUCCCUGUCAUGUUCUUCUAGGGAGAUAUGUUGCUCUGCAGCAUGGUAUAAGUCUAGACCCUGGCUUGAAUAAAAAGAUUCAUGCUUUUGCUUUCCAUGCAGGGUUUUUAGUCUUGCAUGGAACUGGAAAGCGGCACUAGAACACCACCAUGGGCUGCAAACACAUGCAUAGAGCCAGGUGAACAUACAGGAUUUUUUACUUUGUUGUAGUUCAUAGUUUAUUGAUUAGAACGCUCAGCCAUUGAUUGAGUGUACUUUUGUAAUUUUGUUCCAGUUUGUAGUACACAUAAGCUUCACAGCCUUUAGCUUGAUCAGUUCAAUUCCAGUGAUUAUAUUUGUGUGUCCUUAGCGAUUUAUUCUUUGAUAUUCAGUUGUAAUUUACCUGGAAGUUUCAAGGUUCAGAGCCAGUCUCAAUAGGCUUAUAGCCUUACUAGCAUGUUCAGCAGCAUUGUGUGCCAAGCUUCAUUGACAUGUGGGAUUGUUAAAUAUGGAAUUGAAAUGAAUGUUGACUUUUAUGAAUUUAACAAUGAACAUUUUUUUGCUUUAUUUAUGAUCAUUAUAGCACAAAUGAUAUUAUUUAAACACAUAAUCAGCUGAUACAUUAUGUAAACCUCACAUGAAGAAGCAAUUGGAACUGUCAUAAAAUUUUUCAUUAGAGGUAUAAAAACCUGAAAUCGGUGCAAUGUUUCGACCAUCAGGUCUUCGUCAGGCACAAUAUAAAAAUGUGAUCACCUCUCCUCUAUAAAUACUGUAGGAAACAGGUGUAUGCCUUAAUUACACUCGCUUUCAAAAUAAGGCACACUAUAGACAAAGCACUGGAGCAACUCCCUUGUUUGGCUCCAUUUUGGCAAAUGAGAAUUGAGCAAUACUUUUGAAUUUAGUGAAGCUGAUUAUGUGGAUAUUAUGCUUAAAGACUCUAUUUUUGAUGACAAAGAUACUCCAGAAACGAUUCAUGCAUAAUUACAUUAAAUUAAAUUACAACAUCUUCUACAACGAGAAAUCAAGCAAUAUUUUCAUGCAGUCACUUUAAGUGAUUAUCUCUGUCGAAGAAUUAUUCAGAGAGGGUUACAUUUACAAAAAGCACCUGCCUUUGGUUUGCAUAAUGAGGAGUUCUGUACACAUUAGUGUGAGAUCCUGAAUAAAUGCUCUUUCGACUUGAUGGUGUUGGUGAUUAAGGAAACAACAAAACAACUCGAAACUACGAAACUGGAGUAUGAAAAGAUGGAGAUCCAACUUGGCAACCUAGUGACGAAGAGUAAGUUGACAGAUUUAAAAAAAGAAUUUGAACGUCAACAGGCCGAAUUGUCCAAAGAGAUCAAGUUGAAUAAGCGAAUGGACGAAGUGAAGCGAAGUUUACAGGGGACAUUUCAGACUAUCAGCAGAGUAAAGUAUAUUUUUAGAAGGAUGGCAAAACGGAGUCUAAUAAGCCUCAGUGUAUCUGCAUAAUUACUGCAAGUUCUCGCGGACACCGGCAACCUGGGGAUUUUUAAUCCUGGGCCUCUUCAACCUCGUGUGAUUCGGAUUCUGAUCCUGCUGGGCGAUUGCGCAAGAGUUCUCCUUUUUUAGGUCGAGCUCAAUUCGAUCUUCUUGGAAAGGAUCGAAGGGCAUUCCGAUCAAGAAGAAAUGCAGAAGGGGCAAGCAUAAAAGGCAGUUCCCUACCUCCACGGGUGACGAGGAGCAAACAUGAACUUCACAGAUAAGUCUCUUCCAACACCUUGUAUCUCGGCUUUGAGUGAAGGACUUUCUUUCAUUCCAACACAGUCAAUCCCGUUCCUGAACAUUACGGGACACGUCUGCCUUUUAAGAGGAGGUCUACAGUACCUUUAUUCCACCCAAGAAUUUCAUCUUUGGACACUUUCUGUAGGCUUGUUGAGUAUGAUGUUAUGAAUUUGCUUAAUAACAAGAGACAACAUAAAGUGUAUAAUAAUUUGUCUAAAACAGAAAGGGAUGCCUUAAUUGAAUUAAAAAAUGACAGUUCUGUGGUGGUACGCCCUGCAGAUAAAGGUGGUGCAAUUGUAUUACAACGUGUCUCAGACUAUGAAAAGGAGAUCCGCAGACAGUUAAAUGAUACUGCGUUUUAUGAACACUUAUCUGUGGACCCUACUAAUAAAUUCAAAAUGGACAUUCACUCCAAAUUAUUGUUACAUAAUCAAAGGGGUGAAUUUAAUAAAAAUUAAUAUGACUUUCUUAAAGUUGAAUGUCCAGUCACCCCAAUCAUUUAUAUGCUCCCUAAGGUCCAUAAAGGCCUAGAUGCACCAUUGAAGGGUCGCCCUAUUGUGAGUGGGAUCGGAGUCUUACAGAGAAUAUCUCUUAUUUGUUGACCUUUAUAUAAAACCUUUUGUAUCCACUUUAUUGUCUUAUGUAAGAGACUCUAUGGACUUCAUUGAAUCAUUACAGAAUGUUGAUUUCCCUGUUGAUGAUGUUAUAUUUACUACUUUUGAUGUGCAGAGUUUAUACACUAAUAUUCCCCAUGUUGAUGGUUUGUUAGCUCUAAGACAUUUUUUAUCAAAAAGAACGGGGGAUGUAAGACCCAGCACA